AGACUGGCAGGUGAAGGGGUGAAGUUGGAGAACUACUACGUCCAGCCCCUCUGUAGUCCCUCCAGGUGCCAGCUCAUGACAGGAAGGUAUCAGAUCCAUUACGGUCUCCAGCACAGCAUCAUCUGGCAUCCCCAGCCCAGCGGUCUCCCUCUGGAUGAAGUGACUCUCCCCCAGCGGCUGAAGGACAGCGGAUACUCCACUCACAUUGUGGGCAAGUGGCACCUGGGCUUCUAUAAGGAGGAGUACACACCCACACACAGGGGCUUCCACACAUUCUAUGGCUACUUGACUGGAGCUGAAGACUACUGGACACACCGGCAGAAGGGCGGCUUGCCAGGCCAGCCGCUGACAUGGAGCGGGCUGGACCUGCGGGACCAGGACAAGCCGGUCCUGGACCAGAACGGAACUUACGCUACACAUCUGUUUGCAGAUAAAGCCAUAGAGAUCAUCGCACAACAUGACAAGAACAAGCCUUUGUUCCUGUUCCUGCCCUUGCAAGCUGUCCACGACCCUCUCCAAGCACCAGAGGAGUUCAUCAGUCCGUACAGCCACAUCGAGGACCCCGAGAGGAGAGUAUACGCUGCCAUGGCAACAGUCAUGGACCAGGCGGUGGGAAACGUGACCGACGCCCUGCAGCGUUAUGGACUGUGGGACAACACUGUGCUUAUUUUCUCUACUGACAACGGCGGUCGGGUGGACCGAGGAGGUAACAACUGGCCCCUGAGGGGGUGGAAGGGCUCACUCUGGGAAGGGGGGGUCCGCGGGGUCGGCUUUGUGAACAGCCCGCUGAUCAAAGCGAAAGGCCGGACCAGCGACGCUCUGAUCCACAUCUCUGAUUGGUUCCCUACUCUGGUGGGGCUCGCUGGCGGCUCAACCAAUGGGACAAAGCCGCUGGACAGCCACGACGUCUGGGAAGCCAUCAGUGAAGGAAAACCAUCACCCAGGAAGGAGAUUCUCCACAACAUCGACCCCAUGUUCAACACUGUCAACACUCCACAGCCUCACCAGUGGGAGGGCCACAUGUUUAACACAUCUGUCCACGCUGCCAUCCGCUCAGGCGACUGGAAACUUCUCACGGGAGACCCAGGACACGCAUCAUGGGUACCACCACCGUCAUCUAACCAACCCUGGGAAAAACCGAAAGACCCACCCGGCAAACACCUCUGGCUGUUCAACAUCCGUGAAGACCCAGAGGAGAGAACAGACCUGUCACAAGAACAUCCCCAGGUUGUGCAGGAACUGUUGGAGAAGCUGUCCGGGUACAACAGGACGGCGGUGCCUGUGUUUUACCCUGCCUUCGACCCUCAGGCGAACCCGGCAUUACAUGGGGACGUGUGGGGACCAUGGAGGUGAUCGAGUGACA